AACGUCAAAUGUCAAUUUGCUGCAUCAAUCAAUUUUCUGUAUUUUGCACGGAUAGGUAUUUUGGGAUCUCAAUUUUUCUUUUUGCCGAGGUGCCAAUUUUGUAUUAAAUAUCUUACAUUGGUGUUCAAAUAUCCAGCGUUUUAUAUUUAGAAAGUAAUCAAUAAUAGUCAAUAAUAGUUUAGAACUAGAAUGAGCAGAAAAGAGCAUUUGAAAAAAUCUCUUGGUAUAACCGAGUACCCAUGGAGUUCUGAUGACGAAGAUCCUCAUAUGUCAGAAGUGAAUAUGCUGUUGAGGACAACCUACGAGAAUCGGACCAGCGUUGCAGAUAUGCCUGGUACUAGUGGUCUACAACAGCUGCCUACACUGCCAACAUCACCGAUUAUACCGGUUCAAAGGGUCCAAGUGAAGCAAGAGAGAGACUUAUACUGGCCAUUACACACACACACACACACUCAUACACAUACUCAUGCUCAUGCUCAUAAACCGAUUGCUGGAACACAUACAUGCGGUGCCAGGAUGCUGGACAUCCAGCCAAUAAGCCAGCCGUUCCCGAUGCCGAUGCGCUCUGUGAUCCACACGCCGGCCGCAGAACUUCGCGAGGUGCGCCCUACGCCCGCUGAGAACAUGCAACGGCUGUUCGCUUUCAAGAAGCUCACCAAGAUACUCCCACGGCAGAACCGCGCCGCCAAUGCCGGUACGGCGACGCGUGCAACCACAACGCGUAAUCCAGUUUUUGCGUCGACGAGUACGCCAGAAGUGACCCACCUGACCUUGACGAAGAACAGGGCCCAACUGGCGCUGAAGCGGCUUCAAAAUAGCCGCAGCACAGUGAGCUGGGACAGCCAUAGAUGCGAGCGGUGGAUGUUAAGUGCAGCAAGCGCGCGGCCGGAGCAGGUGCAAGCCUCGGGCGGGGCGCGCGCGCUUCGGCAGAGCACGGCGCCCGCGGCCGGCGAGACGCGCCAGCUCUUCACGAUGCCGGCCGCGCCGCCGCCGCCGCCGCCUCCGCCGAUUCCUGUCGUCGAGAUUGAAGAUGUCCCUGAAACCAACACAACCACCCCCGCUGCCGAAGCCGAAGUUAUCGCUGACGCAUCAGAUGAGCCUAUUGAUGUGGAAAUAUCAAACAACUCCUCAAAUGGAGGCGUCUCGUUAGAGGAAGAAAUCGUCGAAAUAGACGCACCCGAUGAGACGGAAGCAAACGCCACGACCGAGGAAAACAACAACAAUAACAACGACAAUGUCGUUAGCUCCGUCGUGGUUCUCAACGAGGGAGCUGCAGCUACAAAUGAAGUGGAUGCUACUGAUGGGCUGCAAAGCCCGGAGCGAAAGAGAAAGAGGGAAGCAAGCAACUCCUUCACCGCUCCAGAGGAAGGAGAGCCCGUCACCGUAAAGGAAUUCAAUCAGAGCCUGCUUCGUCUGCUGGAGUGCCCGGUGUGCCUGGAGUGGAUGGAGCCGCCGAUGUCGCAGUGCCGGCGCGGGCACCUGGUGUGCGGCCGCUGCCGCGCGCGCCUCGCCUCCUGCCCCGUCUGCCGGACCACCUUCUCGUCCGUGCGCAACCGCGCCAUGGAGGGGGUCAGUAUAGCGCCGCUGGUACACCCGGAGCGGACGGAGCCGAUGGCGCAGUGCCGGCGCGGGCACCUGGUGUGCGGCCGCUGCCGCGCGCGCCUCGCCUCCUGCCCCGUCUGCCGGACCACCUUCUCGUCCGUGCGCAACCGCGCCAUGGAGGGGGUCAGUAUAGCGCCGCUGGUACACCCGGAGCGGACGGAGCCGAUGGCGCAGUGCCGGCGCGGGCACCUGGUGUGCGGCCGCUGCCGCGCGCGCCUCGCCUCCUGCCCCGUCUGCCGGACCACCUUCUCGUCCGUGCGCAACCGCGCCAUGGAGGGGGUCAGUAUAGCGCCGCUGGUACACCCGGAGCGGACGGAGCCGAUGGCGCAGUGCCGGCGCGGGCACCUGGUGUGCGGCCGCUGCCGCGCGCGCCUCGCCUCCUGCCCCGUCUGCCGGACCACCUUCUCGUCCGUGCGCAACCGCGCCAUGGAGGGGGUCAGUAUAGCGCCGCUGGUACACCCGGAGCGGACGGAGCCGAUGGCGCAGUGCCGGCGCGGGCACCUGGUGUGCGGCCGCUGCCGCGCGCGCCUCGCCUCCUGCCCCGUCUGCCGGACCACCUUCUCGUCCGUGCGCAACCGCGCCAUGGAGGGGGUCAGUAUAGCGCCGCUGGUACACCCGGAGCGGACGGAGCCGAUGGCGCAGUGCCGGCGCGGGCACCUGGUGUGCGGCCGCUGCCGCGCGCGCCUCGCCUCCUGCCCCGUCUGCCGGACCACCUUCUCGUCCGUGCGCAACCGCGCCAUGGAGGGGGUGGCUGAGAUGGUGCGCUACCCGUGCCGUCACGGCUGCGGGCGCGAGGUGCGCCUGCGGCGGCGCGCGGCGCACGAGGCGUCGUGCGAGGCGCGCCGCUACAACUGCCCCGCGCCGGGCUGCGCCGACCGCGCGCCGCUGCCGAGGGACAGCCUGCACCAGCACUUCCAGGUCAGUGGCUGAGGCCCCGACCACACUGGCGUCACUCGGACGUCAUCGUCUCAUAGCGCGGCGCACGAGGCGUCGUGCGAG